UCGGCAAAUGAGCCUUUGAAAAAGGCUAGGCUAUUUAGUCCGAUUGCCCCCGAAAAAAAAGUCAUUAUUGAUUGUGAAGUGAUUUUGCAGGUUUAUGGUUGGGUUCGAAUCAUUUCCCAAAAAGAUCUUGAGAACGAAAUUUUGAGAACGAAAUAUAGAAUGAUUCCAAAAUGACUCUCGAAUUCUCUACCUGAAGCAGAAGAAGCGGCACCGCGUGAGUGAGACUGAAGUUUUGGAAGUUGUAAUGGAAUUGGAGGCGGUGGGCGAUCUCGCGCUUCAUCUCAUUCUUUCCAAAUUAAGCCCUACAGAUUCCGCCAUAGCCGCUUGUGUUAGUCGGAAGUUCAGAUCCUCGGCCUCCGAAGAUUCUCUCUGGGAGAAAUUCUGCAACCAGGACCUCGGCCUCUCCCACCCAGUUGAUCCUUCGGGGAACCCAGUUCCUUCCUUCAAGGAAACUUAUCGAGCAUGGCGCACAGCUUUUGCUAUGUAUCCUUGGCCUCUGGUCAAGCGAGUCAAGAGAUGUUGGAAUGGACUCAAAAACUGGUUGAGUAUAAAUUUUCCCGAGGCUCUGGAGACACUCCGGGAAGGUGCAUCAGAAGCUGACAUUCAAGAAUUGGAAGACGCUUUGAAGGUGAAGUUACCACUUCCGACGAGGAUCCUUUACCGUUUUCAUGAUGGUCAAGAGUUGAAAGGCAGAUAUGUUGAUCGUAUUCAAGGCUUUCCAUUGGGUAUUAUUGGGGGAUACUCUUUCUAUCAUCGGACUGUAAAUGUUUAUUUGUUACCUUUAAGACAGGUGAUCUCUGAAACAAAAUCUAUCACUCGAGAUCUCGGUUUCUCAAGGAGAUCCAAAUACAUAGUUGUCGCUUCCUCUUCGACACUUAUUGAGAAGGUUUUUUUCCUUAAUUGUGCUUCUGGUCAACUCUUUGUGGGUACUGCAAAUCUUCGGGAAGAUGGAGAAAUGAUGGCAUGUGUACCUAAGGCGUUGAUAAACUCAGUGCAUGAGUAUGACACAGAACAGCAACAGGAUGCUUUGUUAUUAUGGCUAGAAGAGCAUGUCCGGCGCUUAGAAAAUGGUAUUAUCAAGCUGCGUGAAACUGAUAACAUUAGAAGUAUCUCUCUUUUUCCGGAUGACUCUCCCUUAUGCUCUGUUGCAAUAACCAAUGGUGUCCGUGUUCGUGCUUCUGCUGUCUUUAUCCCGGAGUCGACUGAUCUUCAAGACAACGGUGGAAACUAUCAAUUUUCAUAUUCAGUCCGCAUGUCAUUGCAGGCUGAAGGUUGCAUCAUAAAUGGGAUAACAUUCAGCUCAUGCCAAUUGCAUUAUAGACACUGGAUAAUCCGUGCUAAUGAUUAUGUAAUUUCUAGAGUUAAUGCAGAGGCCGUCAUUGGACAGUUUCCCCUCUUGCACCCGGGAGAGAAAGAAUUCGUCUACGAGAGCUGCUCAACUCUGUAUUCUUCUAUGGGCUCCGUUGAAGGGUCUUUUACAUUUGUUCCUGGAAGCUUGAUGAGUCCAAAAGGCAGAUCAUUUGAAGCUGAAGUGGCAAGGUUUCCUCUCCAGGUUCCAGAGUACAUCUUCUGAUCUCACUGCUAAUGUACAAAAGAUUUGAAUUCUGUAUACACAGCACAUUUCACCUCACUCAUCUUUCCUCUGUUUUGUAAAGUUUGAAGCAUGUGAGAGUAAUUUUUUUAUAAUUUAUUUUGCCUGUUUGAGAUCUCAUCCUAUUUGUUUCUAGCAUAUUGAUGAUUGUGCAGUGAAGUGAAAUAUAUCUGAUUGUACAGUGAAGUGAAAUACAUUGAAAGAUGCCACUUAGACUUGACUAGUUCUAUAAGGUGGCAUUUACUUUUAUUGUCAUUAGAUGCAAGAAAAGAAAUAUGGUUGCAUUAAA